GUUUUGCAAGCUUCUUGUGAAUGGAGUAUUAGUAGUACCACCCCAAGAAGAAGAAGAAGAAGAAGAAGAAGAAGAAGGUGAAGUAGGAAAAAAUAGACCGGCAGAAGUAGAAUUGCCUGCCGGCCACCGGCGAGAACUAAUCCCGAAACAUGUCUCUGUGACUCCGCAUGGCCACAGGAGGUGGGCCCGGAAGAGGGGUUUACCGAUAGGGAGACGAGGGUUAUAG